UGUGAAAUAAACCCCUUCAGUGAGACACAAGACCCUCUGCUUCACACUGAUCACACUGUCAGGGUUUAUUUCUGCUGCCUGUACAUUAUCCCUUACAUAACAUGCUGUCAUGGUAGACAAAGGAGGGGCUCAAAUGCGGGGUGAACAGGACAGGAUUAAUGGUCAGCAAGAAACAACAGUCCAAGGAGCCAGACCGCGACAGCCCCCGUACGCGGGACUGAGAGAGAGCGUCCACCGGAACGGAGGAGAUCGCCGAGGAGAGUCGUAGAUCCUCUGCCGGCGUGAGAAAGUAGAGAGCUGGGCUCGGGGAGACCUCUCGGCCCGAGACUCACGACGUGAGAGAGGUUAUCAAUACCCGCGAGGGAAGCAGCUCUGGCGCCUCUGGUACAGUGCCGGUGGAAGUGGAGAUCGCCGUUCGGAACGCCAACGGGAGCUGCAGAGAGGGAGAAGAUGCAGAGGCGACGUGACAGAGGAGAGACCAGACAACACCGGGAGGAGAUUGUCUCAGAAAUGAUGCGUCUUCUUUAAUAAUGGAAGGCAUUAACAGAUUGGAUCGUGACAGACUCGCUCAAGACAGAUAUACUGAUGGGCGAUCACCUAAAACUCAUAUCACAAGAGAUAGUGUGUACGUUCCUCCCCGCGUCCCACGGACUGUCCAGCCAGGAUGUAAAGGGCCGGUGGUCAACAGAGAUCUCAAACCUGGGAGAAGAUUACCCACCAGCUCAUCAGAUGGAAGGUUACAGUUUCUGGGAUCAGCUGACAAGGAUUUUACAGUUCCACAGAGGCCGGUUAGACAUUUACCAAGAGAUCAGAUGAGUUUACCACCUCUACCAACAGAGACCAUCAGUAAGCAUCAAAACAAGACUGAUGAACGUCCACCAUCCAGACCAGUACCAACUUCACCACACAACCUAAACAACACACACACAUGGACAGAAUCAGGUCUGAGUGAAAUAAAGAAUGUUAAAAGUCGAUCAUCUGAAGCUCAUAUGGCAUGUCAGAGGUUUUCUCUGGAUCUGGAUCUGGAUCUGGUUCUGGACUCUCAGGAUCUCAGCAGUGAUUGUGUGACAGAACACGACUUUGAUUCACAUUUCAGAAGACAGCAGAACCAUGAAUGGCCACCAACUAAAGAAGAUUCAAACCACAGCGGCUUCAGCAGCCACAGCAAACCUGUACAGGGUUUAGAGGAGCAGAACUGGUAUGUUGGCCCGUUCAGUCGCGUGGACUCUGAACAUGCUCUUCAUCUGGUCAACAGGGAGGGCGCCUUCCUGGUGCGCGACUGCUCGAGGAACACUACCCACGAACCCUUCGUCCUCGCUGUGUUUUAUGACAAAAGGGUUUUCAACAUUCAAAUUCGUUUCUGCGAGGAGACCUGUAAAUACACUCUGGGAACAGGACUCAGAAACAGUGAAAGGUUUGAUUCCGUCACUGACAUCAUCAAGUUCCACUCCAUCUUUCCCAUCAUCCUCAUUGAUGGACGGAAAAUGUUGGCAGCGACCAACCCGAGAAGACACUGUGUCCUCAUGUACCCGGUCACAAAGCAGGACAUGACAGAACUGUUGCGUUAAACAUCACCGACAG